AUGUCGGGCCGGUCCGCGGCGCAAGCCGAGGCCACGGCGCAAGCAGAGCCGGCAGGCGCGCCCACCACCAUGGGCCAGGGCAUCUCGCCUGUAGCUGGACAAGGUCAAUGCUCCCGGACGAGCACUGCAAGCAUGCUACAGCUCACCAUCAAGACAGUCAUGGGCACCUCCUUCUCACUACACGUUGACGCGGAUGGCCAGGUCGCCCACGUCAAGGCCAUCAUCGCCAUGAUCCAAGACAUGCCGAUGAGCUCACAACGCCUGGUCUAUGCCGGUCGUGAGUUGCGCGAUAGCGACACCCUGGCCUCUCUUGGCAUUGGCAACGGCGCCGAGCUGGUGCUUGCUGUGCAUGUCCAGACUUCAUUACAAAGCCCCAUGCUAUAUGAUGAAUUACUCGAAUGCGAGGAACUUAUCGAGCUGGCCCUGGAAGACGGUCGCUUCCGUGUCCUAUUGUGCCGGGAUGCUGACCGCCUCAGUUUGAUUCGUUUUCAAGUCGCGGCUGUGGAUGAGGAUGUGGGGGAGAAUAAUUGGGACCAGCGUCCGCGCUCCUCACGACACGCACCAGUUCAGUCCUUUCGUGAGCGCAUGCAGCGCAUUGAGGACAACGCUCGCCACCGGCUUCGCAUGGCUGACUUGCAGAGUCGCAUGCGGGAAAGCAAAUCACGUCGCCGUGCACGCCGUCAGCACGCGCGACGCGUUCGUGCUCAAACGAAAACAAUCGCACCGGAAGCGAAUGCUGUGUCGGGUCCCAAUGAUCAGACAGCUGGCAUGGCCGGCAGCCCGGCCAUGCCGGUUGCCCUGCGGCCUCGUCCUCCUCCACCUCGCACUUCCAAAACAAAUCCCUCCCCGACGCAUACGCCCAACACCAUGGUCGUCCACGCCUCAACUCCCGAACCCGUCUCCACGGCAGCAUCGGCCGCAUCAGCCAUGCUUGGCUCAUGUGGGGACGAAGAAGCCGUGCCACCUGCACUCGCUCGCCGCACACCCGACGUUCUCAGUUUAGAACAUUCGGCCGCUGGUUAUGGGCCUGGUAGUCAGACAUCAGCGUCGUCAACUGGUGUCAAGCAUUCCCCUCGCUCCCAUCCAGUGGCCCUCCCUGUGGGCACUCACGCCCCACGCGUGGAGCGACGUCAUAUCCCCUCGUAUGCAGGAGUCCAUACUGCGGUCGAGUCGGCCUCUGAUCCCGUGCCCGCUCCUGAGGGCGAUGGUGUUAUACACCCACCGCCUCGAUCGCGCCGCGCACAGCCGCGCACAGCUGGUCGUGUGGGGCCAAUGGGAGGGCUUGAUGCGGUCAGUGAGGAGGAUGACGCGACCUGUACCCAGGAGCUGGUCGAAGCCUUUCAACGAAUGUUGCCCUCGCGCCCGGAGCCCCCCGUUCGCUCGCCGUGCCAAAGCGUCAGCUUCGCGCCCCUCCGCCACUCGCGCAGCGCCGAUACUCCCGCUGGCAUGUCAGAGUGGUCUUGUGAUGGCCUUGGCACCCCGGCCCACUUGCCUGACCCGCUGGGUACACCAUUGGAUGGCCUUGACCCCAGUGCCUCUUUUCACAGGCACGCCUCACUGAUUGGCGCUGACCCCUUGGGUCAAAGCGGAACCGAUAUACCCGAGACGAACACCCGCUUUGUGUUUUCCAGCUCCACGUCAACGCCACCCGAAGGGCCAGUCCAUCCAUCGACACGGUUUGCUCCCGUGCACGCACCGGGAAAUCAUGAAGGCCACGGCCAUAGCUGUGACCACGGCUCGAUGGUGUCGACAGCCCUGGCACCCACGCCGCUGCUACCAGCGCUUGUGACCUCGGCAGCCCCACGUGGCACUCUGGCAAGCCGUGCACGCUCACGGCAUUUUGCUCAACCAAAGCCACGGAUCGCUUCGGCAGCUCCGCAAGGCCGACAGCUGCUGCAACACCAAGUCCCAAAAUUGGAAUCACAGCGGCUGCCCAAGAUUUAG